AUGCUCGACACGGUCACUUCCUCGAUUCAGCAGCCACCCAUUAUCUGGGCAUCCGCGAUUGCCCCUCUCCUUAUCCUUCCCAUCAUCUAUGUCAUGUACGGCGAGGACAUUAAGGACAUUAUCAAGGUCUACCUGUUCCGCGAGGAGGCGGAGCGCGAUGCCAAGAAAGCCCAGGCCAUCCAAGGCAAGCUUGCCGCCUUCACCUAG